AUGGCUCUCACACGGAGGGUUGAUGAGCUCCAAGCAGCAGUGAAGCCGUAUGUGCGGCUGCACUCUGAGACUCUCUCUGCUGGUAAUCAUCCCUCCAUGUUGGUCUGCAGCGUCUACAGCUUCUACCCCAAACACAUCAUAGUGAAAUGGGUUAGAAACGGACAGGAAGUCACCUCUGAUGUCACUUCCAUUGACGAGAUGGCAGACACUGAUUGGUACUACCAGAUCCACUCCCACCUGGAGUACACGCCCAGGUCUGGAGAGAAGAUCUCCUGCAAGGUGGAACACGCCAGCCUGAGUGAGCCUCUGUGUCUGUCUGCUCACCUGUCUGUCUAUCCGUCCCUGCCUGAGUCAGAGAGAAACAAGAUCGCCAUCGGAGCGUCAGGACUGAUCCUGGGUCUGAUCUUAUCUCUGGCUGGAUUCAUCUACUACAAGAGGAAGUCCAGAGGUCAGGAACCAGUCUGA